CAACUACAGAAACCUUCUGGUCAUAUUUUUGUAUCAUUCACACCUGAAAAAAAUCACUGCUUGUGGAUUUUGUGAUAAGGGUGAUGCCUGGGGCUGUUGCUGGAUCUUGGGUAAGGAUAUUUUCUAAUUUUUGCCUAUAUUAUGACCUUGGUCUUGUAUAAACAUCUACUGGAGUAUUGAAUUCGUUUAACUUGUUCAUUGCCACUUGUAAUAUGGUUAGUGACAUAUACAAUAUUUUAAAUGGAAAGCAUGUAGCUUCUGGUGAAACCUUUUUUUGUUUUCUUUGUUUGUUUUUUAAUUCUUUAUGUUUGGUGUGCAAGAUAGCUUUCAAAUAUAUAUUGACAUUUUAGCAAAGGUACAUGCAUCAAUAGACAUGGUGUGUAUAUAUUUUAAAAUGUUGCUAAAUCUGCACAUUUUAUAGGUUAGGGUGAUAACAAGAGGUUGUAAUAGAAUUAGGCAAACAUGUUUAGGGAUUCAAGAGUAUUGAAACAAGACGAUUAUUAGGCAAAGUGAUAUUUGGUUACGAGUAGGCACUGCAUAACUGUUAAGGGUGACUCACGUGCAGUCAGGGUGCCUAUAGAUUAUGGUGGCCACUGAAGCUUUGGGCAGCCUUACAUUACUAUACUUCUCAGCAUAAACAGCCGGGUGACAAAAUAGAUAAAAGGAAAUCUGUAUAACUGCUAGGAAAAUAUAGAAUACGAUUUGCUUGUCGUCUGAGUAUAACCAGAUGGAGAUCACUAGCCUUAAUCUAAAGGACCGCAUUGGUGACGAUGGUGUUCGGUAAGAUUAAUAUGCCUCGUGGAGGAUGUAUGCCGAUCCGGCGAGUAAGCCCAAGCAGAGGUUGCAGGAGCAGCAAAGUGAUGCGUAUAGUCGUGCCUAGCUGUGACCUGGAAGGCCUUGCCGAGGAGACAGUUCUCAUGAGUAGGGCUUCCACAAGGUCCCCUGACAGGUUGAGAGUCCCAGUGCCGGAUCUCGACAGUUCUCGUUUACAUGCCGCUGUACGCAGGAGUGGGGAGCACUUCCAGCUCUGCCGCCAUGUUGGGGCUCCUCUAACUGCCAGUGUAGCCAGCUUCUGUUGCGGAGUAAGGCUUUGCCUGUGAGGUGAGUGACCACCUGACUGCGUUGAGACUGGUUGCUGCAGCUUGCUUUCCAACUUGCGCCAGAAAUCAUCAAAAAUGCAGUCCAGCCUGGACUAGAUGUUGUGGGAUUCCUCUGUAUUGUUGGUUGUCCAUGCGGCGUCCACCAUCUUAGGUGAGUCACUCUCUUUUUUGUUCGCCUUCGUGGUUUCACCCCAGUUUCCACUAGGUUUAGGCAGCCUCCUGGGGAUGGACUGGAAUCACCCCCCUAAGUGCUGAGUGCUGAUGGGCACCUGGUGCAAUCUAAGCCCCUGUCAGUUCUUUGAACCCUUCGGUGAAGCUCAGCUAGGUCUAGACGUAGGUAAGUAGCUGGAUUCUGUCAAAAUCUUGCUUAAUAGGGUAAAGAAUUGCAUUUAUAUCCAGUAUAGGACAGGAGCUCUACUGAAACACAUCUUUCCACCAUGGCAAUUGAGCAACUUUAAGACCAGACUAGCUGAACUGAAAACAUUGGUAAUGUAGAGAAUUUUCUCCAACUUGGCUAUUUUGACUUUAAAUUUGUAAUUCACUUUGAAUUUACCUUAAAUUAUUACUUUAGUGAAAAAUCUUGUAAUUCUUAUUUAACAAAAAAGUCUUCUUAUCCUGCCUUAACCAUUCACUAUUUUAUUGUCUAAGUACGCUUUAAAAUCUUUGGUAUAAAUUUUUCACUUUAGUUGAUUCCCAAAAAUUAGUAUUAUUAAAAUAUGUACAUUGUAUUUUCAGAAAAUAAAUAUGUAUUAAAAUGUCAUCUACUAUGUGUAUAUAGUAGUACAUAUUUCCAUUGGAUUACAGUUUUAAUAAAUUUUAAGGGAUCUGAUAGCGCCAGGAAGACAAAGCGGUUUUCUUGGCAUUAUAGGUUUAAAAGGAGCCUCCCUCCCUCACGCCCCCCUCCCGCAGGGCUGAAAGGGUUAAAAAAACCUUCAGCCACUUACAUGAAUUCAGCGUCGAUGCCCCUCGGCGCUGGGUCGGCUCUGCCCAUGCUCCUCCCUCACCGUUAGACGGCAGCGGAGACUUAACGCGCAUCCUGCAUUCCCAUUCGCUUUUUCCCAUAGGAAAGCAUUAUUCAAUGCUUUCCUAUGGGGAAAAUCUGACCCUGGAGGCCAGCAUCAGAUAACAGACCAAAGGUCUGUUUCAAUUCCUGAAGCGCCCCCAGUUGCUGUCUGGUGGACAGCCACUGAGGGCAGACUUAGAGCAGCAUUCUAAACAUUACAGUUUCUCUGGAACUGCAAUGUUUUACAUUGCAGCACUAGGUGCAAAAGGGACACUGCACUCAGACUACUUCAAUUAGUUGAAGUGGUCUGGGUGCCUACAGUGUUGUUUUAAAUCCAUUUCUGAAAAAUUGUUAAAUACUUAAAGUCAGGGGGUCUAGAGGUCUAUUCACUAAACAAUGAAUGGUACUAUGUUGAUAGGCAAAAUUUAGCGCAAACAUUUUUAUUCACUAAACAGAUUGCUGAAAUCACUGAAUUCCAACUGGUCUACUCUCAUAUUUACUAAAGCCAAUUACAGUUCAAAUUUGGUGAACUCAAUAAAUCCUCGCAAUUUGGCAUUGGGUGUCCACUUUAAAACCAGUGCUUCUUGCAUCCGAGUCCUCAGUCAGGAAGCCUUGGACCAGUGGAAACUAGUGAUUGACUGAGAACAUAAGCUAACACUCUCAGCCAAUCAGUGUUGCCCUUGUUGAACAUGUACAAUUGCCUCCAUCCAUAAGGGGUUAAGUAAUGUCCUUUAACCCUUAUGCUGCACCUUGUGCUGCACUUGCAAGCCAACCCAGGAAAAUGUUAAAAGAACACUACAGAUUACUACAGUGAUCCUAAAAUAAAUUGUUGCUGCAUAUGUAUCUGUCUGUGUGUAUGUCAGUAUGUCUGUCAGUAUAUGUGUCUGUGUUUGUGUGUCUAAGUGUGUGUGUUAGUAUGUCUUUUAGUGUGUGUGUGUGUGUGUGUGUGUGUUACUGUGUCUGUUUGUGUGUGUCAGUAUGUCUGUCAGUGUACGCGUAUGUGUCUGUGUGUGUUUAGUAUGUCUGAGUUUGAGUCUUUCAGUAUGUGUGUCUAUGUGUCUGUCUGUGUGUCUGUCAGUAUGUCUGUCUGUGUGUGUCAGUGUGUGUCUGAGUGGGUAUGUCAGUAUGACUGUUGGUAUAUGUGUCUGUGUAUCUGUAUGUUCUCAGUGUGUGUGUGUAUCUGUGUGUGUAGGUGUCAGUGUGUAUAUCUGUGCUUCUGUAUAUAGUCAGUGUGUGUAUCUGUGUAUCUGCAUGCAUAUCAGUGUGUGUAUCUGUGUGUCUGUGUAUCUGCAUGUGUCAGGUUGUGUAUCUGUGUGUCUGUAUAUGUGUCAGUGUUUGUAUCUGUAUGUUGUCAUUGUGUGUAUCUAUAUUUAGUUAUAUUGUGUGUCAGUGUGUAUCUGUGUAUCUACAUGUGUGUCUGUGUAUCUGCACGUGCAUCAAGUUGUGUAUCUAUGUGUGAGUGUAUCUGUAUGUUGUCAUUUUGUAUGUCUAUGCAUAUAUAUGUAAUCAGUGUGUGUAUCUGCAUGUGUGUCAGUGUGUGUAUCUUUGUGUCUGUGUAUCUGCAUUAGUGUCAAGUUGUGUAUCUUUGUGUAUGUAUCUGUGUCAGUGUGUGUGUCAGGAUAUCUGCAUGUGUAUCAGUGUGUGUGUGUGUGGCAGUGUGUGAAUACAUCUGAGUAUUUAAAUGCCAACACUACACACAAAUUUGCCCCUGCAUUCAAACUUCAACACUACAUACAAACACACUCCUGCAUUGAAAUGUUAACACUACAUACAGAUACAUCUGUGUUAAACACCAAAAUUCAAUAUAAACACACCCCUGCAUUCAUAAAUGCAUGCUUGCAUACAAACACACCCCUACAUUCACACAAACAUACUCCAUACAAAAACAUGCUUACAUUCAAACACACAAACACUGCUCAGUGCUAAAUACAGCCUUGCAAGCAUGGGAAAAUGGUAGAUCCCAAGCUGUCAGAGCAUUGUUGGAGUUGCAUGACAGAUAGGGAUCUAUCUUUGGCCACCCUUGCAAUGCCAGGGCCCAAAAAAAGUCUUGCACCAGGGCCAGGGUCGGACUGGGAAAAAAAUUUGUCUCGGGCAUUUUUUAAGCACGGCGGCCCACUAAGAAAGGACAGGGAGGGUGUGUUUUGUCAUCACCAAUUACAAGCACGCCCCCUCCCAAAGUGAGCAUGUUGGUUGAAUGCUCUUCCAGGGCAGACCAUGCUCAGAGCUCUAGCAUGAGAAAAAGGCCCUGUAUUUGUUCUGCACAGUGCAAGAAAAUUUAAUAACAUGCUUGCGCUGUGUUUCUUUGCAACUUGCUUUUGGUGUCUCUAUAAAUGGGAUACCAGGAGACAAAAGGGCCAGGAAAGAGUAUGGUGCAUGUGUUUGGAGCCUGCUUGUGGAAUUGCGUGUGUGUAGAGCUGAUUGUGGUGUGGUAGUGUGUAAUAAGGUCGGUUUUAGUCAUGUUGUGUUUGUGGUGUAAUGUAAUGCAUGUGUGGCUAGGGGCUGUAGAGAGUGUUAGUAUAGAGAAUGUGGAAUGUGUGUGAGGGGUGUAGUAUAUAUAUAUAUAUAUAUAUAUAUAUAUAUAUAUAUAUUUGGAAGUAUUGUGUGUGUGUGUGUGUGUGAGUGGUACAGUGUGUUCUGUGUGUAUGUCUGAGGGGUGCAGUUGUGUGUGAGUGAAGGAUGCAAUGGGUGUGUGUGAGGGGUAUAGUAUGUAUGUGAGGGGUGCAGUAUGUGUGUAUGUAUGAGGGGUGCAGUGUGUUUGAGAGGUGCAGUGUGUGUAAGGGAAAAAGUGUGUGUGAUGGAUCAGGGGUGUUGCAAAUAGAGCUCCACCCUGUCCUCCUCCUACCUCCCUCCCUCCCUAGCUGCAUGUCUCUGCAAAUGGGCCGGUGAGGGAUAUCUUUGAUCUUCCCACUGGCCCGUCAUGAAAUACUGCAGGGCCAGUGCUUGGAUAGCACGGGCCAUGCAUGGACUGGCUGGGGAGGUCCUGAGACCUCCCCUUCCAGCCUCGGCCAUGGCCAUUGCGUCCGCAUUUGCACGGUGUGCCUGAUGGCCAGUCUGGGCCUGACCAGGGCCCUCUCUUCUUUAGUUCCACCACUGCGUUGCAGUGGAGGGCCUGAUUGCAUGUCAGGGAGUGGGUGAGGCAGAGUCCAGGGGGCCCAAGCAAAUGCUUGCCCGGGGUCCAACCAUUAUUAAAGACGGCCCUGCUGCUGUUCAUCAUUAUGAAAACUAUCAUUAUGUGUAGCAGGGAUAGGCACCCUUGGGCACUCCAGAAGUUGUGGACUACAUCCCCCAUAAUGCUCUUACACACAUAAUGCUUGCAAAGCAUCAUGGGAGGUGUAGUCCAAAACAUCUGCAGAGCCGAAGGUUGCCUAUGCCUGAUCUAUAGGUUACUGAUGCCGGAUUUUAAUUGAGGUCUUUCGUUUUUUAAAUCACCUGUUUAGUGAAUAAACCCCAGUAGCUAAAUAAAAUGAGUAACAGUGGUGGAAUGCAUUACAAUGUAUUUGGUACUUGCAGGGUUACAUUUCAGCAAUAGGGAAUUAGGAGAUUGAAUCACUAUGUGUAUUAAGGUUCAGUCAACCUUUAGCCAUUAGAAUUACAAAUUGUAAUCUCCUUUGGGAUUUAAGUCAAUGAAAUUACAUGAUACAGAGUUCUAAUAAAAAUUUUGUAAAGCAUUAAUGAACAAUUGUUGCCCAGAGGCUUCAAGCUGUUUGCCUCAGCCUUAGAUAUGAACAGUACAAAGAGAUUACCAAAAAAAGGCAUGUUCUGUAUUUGAAGAAAUAUGUUGUUUAGGAGAAAUGCUGAUGGAAUGAAUACAUGCAUUUGAUGUCAUCGUUGAUCACAUUCUGUUUUUUAUGCAGUAGGGUCAAAAAAUGAAAGACUUAAAGCGUUUUAUGGAUUAAUGAUUUCAAAGGCCUUCAGCUUUUACCGAUUUAUGCAACUAUGAACUAAAGCCUGCUUAAGAGUCUUAUGGAGGAAAUAUACAUCGGGAUAUGUUUAUUGUAAUUGUAAAAAAAAGAUGAAACGAAUGAAUACGUUAGUGCUGUUUAGAACAGUUGUUUUGGGGAUUAUUUUUCCCUGGCCUAAUGUUCUAUUUAAAUUUCCAGUUCCCAAGUGGCUUUCAUGGAAAUUUUAGGGGCCAUUUUCGAAAUGACUUUUAUCAAGAGUAUCGUAAGGAAGCAACACCUCAACCACCGCACAUGUUCGUUCAACGGAUGAAAGUGAGUAUCAGUAAUAAAUAAUAAAAGAAUACAUACAUUGCAAUAUAAUUAGAACGUCAAAUUGGUAAAUGAGUUUAUAAACAAUAGCAUAUGGAAAUACUGCUACUUAAGUGUAAAUACAGCAUUGUUAUAUACACAGAUACACAGCAUUGUUCUGUGUCAACUUUCAUUUUUCUGAUAUACAAUACAAUCAGUACUAUAUCGAAUUUAGGAAAUGAGUUUUGGUGCUUAUGGCACAAGUAUACCUGGGUUUUCCUUGUAACUAUGAAAAUGCUCAAAUCAUAAAGCCAGCAAUGGGGAGAAUGGACAAUUGUGGGGUUUGCUGUUUUUUUUUUUUUUUUUUUACUAAUCUAUAUCCCAGAGGGUAACAUUUGGCAGAGCUCCUGCUUAAUAAUGAGAUCAUGAGGGUCACGUUUAUUUUUUUUUUUUUUACAUGGACUCCUGGCAUCUAUGUGUGGUAUGGGAGAUAAGUGUACUUAUAUUCCUGCCUGUUUAACCCCUUAAGAAUGCAGACAGUCAUCCAACUUCUGAACCAAAAAAUAAAACCUAGAAUUUGUCCUAUGUGAUUGUUCUACCAUAAUGUAAUGGUUUCUCUUUGAGUGAAGCAAUAUAUAUAUAUAUAUAUAUAUAUAUAUAUAUUGUUUUUAAAGGGUAGAGAUGGCUUUCCUUCAGUAUCCUAUAUGUAUACCUAACAGAACAUUAACUGUAUAUAAAAUGUUCAAAAUGGAAAAAAUUUAAAGAAACCCACAUUGUUAUACCCCUAUCCUAUUACUUACUGUAAUGCUAACCCUAACAGUAACAGUAUUGCUCAGAGGGAUUCCCUCUGCUGACAUCUUCAGAGGGAUUUCCCAGCUCACACAAUACAGAGUGCUUUGCGAGUGCUCUGGACUGAGUGAUUGCAGCAUGAGUGGAUCUCCCUCUCAUGCUGCAGUUCCUCCAUGCUGUCCCUGUUGAUAACAUAAUAAUCAUUUUCGGGCAGAUGGCACAGCCCAGCACCAAUCAUUGUCAUCAGGAGGCAGGGAGGUGCGUUACUACUCCUGCUCCGUCCCAAGUCCUACCCACCACCACCCCCACGGUCCUCAAGCAUGCCAGAGGGAACCAUGUAUAGUGGCCGCCAUUCUCGGAAAUUGUGCAGCCACCAAUGUGUGAAGCCAGGGAGGCAGCCCUGCUGUAGAAAUAUUCCACUGCAGACAUCCCAAAAUGCUAAAACUUAAUUCAGGGAGGUGGCUUCACCAGUUACGGCGCUACUUCUAGCAACACACACAGCCACCAAACAUUAUGACAGAACACAUUUAUUUAACAUAUUGCAACUAUUUACACACUAUUAAAAGCGUUUCUACUUAUUUUGCAUACUUUCAGUGUACUAAUAUCUUGUAGCAGUCUGUGUCAAUCAAUUUGGUAAUUUUGCAAGACAUCAGAUUCACAAAAGUUUUAUGCGACAGCUGACUUCUGAAUUCCAUCUUAAUGUGACGCACAAUGCUGAAUGUCCUUUCCACAUCACAAUUAGAAUUUGGCAGCACCAAAAGCAGCUUCAUCAAACGGCAGAGCUAUUUGAAUCGCAACAACCCUGUGCUCACAGAUUUUACUUUGGUCAGUUUCCCACAGAACUCAUCAACUGGCGAACAUUUUGUAGUUUGGUAGCAGUUCCUCAAGAUUAGUUGAGAUAGAAUCCAGGACUUCCAAGUGGAGCUAUUCUCUUGAUGACAUGUGGAAACCUCUCAAAAUCAAAAUCUGCUCUGGAUUCACCUCAUCUUGGUUUUCCAUACUGACCAUUGGCAGAUUCUUCAACAUUUGGUCUCUCAUUGGGAAUUUCUCCAAGAAUUUUUUUUAAAGCCCCUCAGAAUGCUCAGGCAUCUUUAAAGAACUGCUUUGUCUUGUAAGAGGGCAUCUCUUGUCCUUCCUCACUUAGUAACUGCUUCCUUGCCAGGUACCCAAUAAAAAGCUAUUCAUCUGGGAGGUGAAUUUCAGUGUUGUUCACAUCUGUCUUCUGAAUGUUGUGUUCUAUUAAUACCCUUGGCUUAAUAAAUCUGCUUGCCAUGUCAUGCAGGAUCUCUUGUACGCUCUGAUCCAAUAUAAAGUGGACAUGUUUGAAAAAUCAAAUUAAAUUUGUCAAAUCAUUGUGUGACAUUAUGGAGAAAGCAUGCAUAUAGUUUCAUUUGGGGGUCUUUCAGCCAUUUCUAAAUAUGAGAUGACUUCUGAUUCUCACUCUUUGACUCAAAGUAUGAAAGAAUAGCUGGCCAUUGGUGGUCCAAACCUUUUCCUAAAGAAAGCCAGUGUGUAGGGCAAUGCUUUUGUACUCUCUGCUGGGCAACAUUGCAGAACUCUUGAAACUGUUUAUGGUCUUCUCUUCAUUUGGAACUUUUCUCUAAGUAGUAGUAGAUGUCAACGAGCAGUUCUUCCGGUGACAUUGAGAGCUCCUUAGCAGUAGUUUUGGUAUAAAUGUUGACUAGGCAGGACAGCCAAGACUAAAUAUGAGGGACCUGUGCUUUCACUCUAGACAAUACAGAGUUGUUAUUGUCAAUCAUCACAUUGCUUUUGUCACUGCUAAAUCCUACUCAGUUUGACCAUUCAAGGCCUUUGUCAUGCGUGGCUGAUGUAAUGCAGUUGAAAAUGUUUUCAGCUUUGGCAUCAUUGCAUCAUACACUUAAAUGUAGUCUGGGAUGAAGUGUGUUUUUGUACUUCUUUUUUUUUUUUUUGGACACUCUCCGCUGCAGACAAUAAUUUAAACCGAACUGAUGGAUAAGCUGGAGAGAGAGAGGUCGACAGUAAAGCCCACCUAAUAAGGAAACUAAUAAGUUAAUUAGCACUCACCACAACUGUCACUCGCUCUCUCUGUUUCUUCAGAGCCCGUCUACAAUUAAAAUUGACCAUUAAACUCUUGCUUGCUCAAUAAAAAAAUUAACAUGAAAAAAAAACCAAAAAACUCUUGCUUGCUUUAAAAAAAAAAAAAAAGAUUUCUGACAUAUUUAAUAUAAUUCGCGAUGGGAUAAGACAGCACUCACUUUUAUUUUUCUUAAUGGUGCAAUGUCUCCGGCUCUGCCUUCCCAGAUAAGUAUGAAAGAGUAAACAAAAAAAAUGUUUUUAUUGUAAGAAGAUGAUAUCCUUUUAUUGGCAAAAUUGCAACAUUUCGACUGUGUCUCUAUCAAGCACUAAUAAUUUGCGGGUGUCAGGGAGCCACUAUUAAAUUGCAGGAGACUCCCAGAGCUUCUGCCACUGGACCCCAGGGAAGCCAUCCUCUCGCACCCCAAAUAUACAGAAACAGGAGGGUGACUAAAAGUGUGUGAAUUAUAUGUUUAAUUGUAUUGUAUGUGAUAUAUCCUUUCACUGGCCCUUUCACUGGUCCAGCUACAUAGGGGAUCACUAGACCCCAUUGUUGUUUAUUCUGUUGAUAUGCCUCAUCCACCUGAGCCAAGCCUCCCUCCCAUUAAGACCCCCUCCAGUGUAUAUACUGCAUAUAUACUUUUAUUCCCCUUUCUUUUUCAUUUCUUUCAGUUAAGUUCCUUCAAACCCUACUCCGCUCAGCUCUUUCUGUAAAAUCCUUCUUCCCAUCCCCUUCUACAAUUUAAACUUGUUUCCUUGGUAGUGUAAUUUUUCUCUCCACUUCCCCUGUGCUGUCUCAUUCAUUCUCAGUAUUCCCCAUUCAAUCAACUAAGUGUUCAGUUUUUUUUUGUCAUAAGGGAAGGAGUGUCAGGCAUUAUUUGUUCGUUUUUGAUUUUUUUUUCCCCCUCUAAUUUUAGAACAUUUACUGUUGUAAUUGAACUGUACAACCACCCUUGUCCAACUUGUGUAACUGAUAUCUCUAUGUAUUUGCAUCUUUGAUCUAACUUUUCAAUAAUAUCAGUUUGCAAAAGAGUACCCUCUAUAAGCUAGACCCCUAAACAGAAACCUGGUUCACAAAGGUGGAUGCAACAUGCCUAAUGAGAAAUGAGUUUUUCUAAACACCGAUUCAUGGCCAUUUUAAAACAAAUGUUGUUAUGACCUUCAUUUUCCAUCUAUGUUUUUGAGUGAUCAUGUUUGUUUACUAAAUUCCUAUCUUAUAAAUGCUUUCACCAUGACGUCACAACAGUAACAGAAGUUCUUCCAGGUGUCAAAAACUGAAGCGUUCUCUGAUGGCACCACUAGUAGGAGCAAGAGCUGCGCACAGAGAGACAUGAAGUCUGCCCUCUCACACCGCGGACACCGACCGCUCAUAACAUACAUACCAAUGAAGGCAGCCCGGCGCAUGGACCGAGAGCAGGAGAACCAAGCCUGCUGUCAGAGUCCGUGGUGUAACCUCUGGCCGGAGCCGGCACUGUAUGGGAAGAGGCUGAGCUGCCUUACUGGCCGAGCUGGGGGCCCCAAUGGCAUCUCACAGAGAGUGAAGGCCCCCUAACUGGCAGAGUUGGGGGCCCCAAUGGCAUCUCACAAGGAGUGAGCAUCUCCUCUUUGCAUGUGAGCAUGUCGGUGAGAGUCUACAGCUCCCACCAUUCUCUGUCAGCCCCGGGAAUGGGGGGGAGUAUGGGCUAUGGCAGCUGAAAUACGAGUCCUCCGCAGGGUGACUCACUGAUCGGCACAUUGCAGCAUUCAACCUGAUAUAGAGCAAGCCGCUCGCGUUCUGCCACCCGGAAGUAUCUUGGUGCCUGUGGCGGAACCAACCUCGCCCCUAUGCACUGGAGAAGCCUGGUUGCCAGCCUCCUGCCAUGUGACUAUGGCCCCUGGGAUGUAUUGCCCUUUAAAAACAUGAUUUGGGCAUAAUGGAUUUGUGUUGUGCUGCUGCUAGCCCUUUUAAGAACCAUCUGGGGACAUACUGUGGAGUUACUGGGUGGCCACCAUUUCCUGUAUCAGAAGCACAUGGUGAGAACAAUGGAUGGCGGCCAUUUUAACUCACAGACACUGUGUGGACUUUUCAACACGGUGCCAUCUCGCCAGUAUUUGUUGCACAGAGACAUCGUGCGGUGGUUUUGGACUAUACAGCAGGGGACACAUUAUUCAGUGAUUGUUUUUUAUUUAGCCUGUAUAUGUUCUGCAGAAUCUGCAUUAAACUGUAUUUUCCAAAGUACUGAACGGAUCUGGGUGAAUUUUGGAUAUGUGGUUCACCCAGAUCCCCCAGUUCCAAGGAUAUACUUUUUAUGGGGUUAUUGCAUGUUUUGGGGUCCCUGUGAUGUGUUUUAUGAAACUGUAUUUCUCUGUGGUAAUUAGAUUACCCAUUGUGUUCAGUAAUCAUAUCACAGCCAGAGGGGAGGAUUUUGUGUGGGAGUGUCUGGGUGUAUUGUAUGGAUUGAUUGGCUGUUUUGUAACGCCCUGUGGGAUGUACUAUGUUUGUGGAUUGGGAAUAAAAGAGACUGUAUGUGACAGUACAGGGAGUUCCUGUUUUAACCCUCAAAGUGAAGUGUCGUCUCAUUAUUGGGGGAAGGAUUCAUUGUAUGCUGUUCCAGUUUGACUGCUAGGAGAGUAAACCUAUUCGUAUGGUUCCUAUUCAACUGUCUACAGCAUUCAUAUGCUUGGGAGAAUUUAUUUGUUUCUCCGGUUCGGUGAUUGUGGUGUCUGCCAGAGUGCUUGGAGUCCUCAGGAAGCGCUAAGAGCAUCCUUCAACGGAGGUACCCAGUCGGGGGUGCCAGGUGAUACGUUACAGUGUCUAUUGUUUACAAACAUUCUGAAAUGCAGUAUAAGAAUGUUUUAAGUGCUGGCAUUGGCCUAAGUUAUUAUUAAAGGAAGACUACAAACUACUAAAGCUUGCUUUGUUUAUAAAAGAGAAUUAGGCACUUAUAAUGCUCAUGGGUUGCCUCCUCCCAGCUGUCAAGCAAAGAACUGAGAGAGUGCUUUUCCUCAUGAUUUGAGAGCUCCCUGCAAUUUUUGAGACUUUCGUGUGCAAUUGUUACGCAUGUGUCGCACGUUCCAAUUCUUUUGCAUCAUUAAAUUUGCCAGGAGAUUAUCACUAGUGAUAAUCUCAAGGGGGCAGCACAGAGUUGCUAAAUUAAAGUAAAUAUCCUCUUUAUAAUAGGGCAGUAAUCCAAAUAGUCCUUCCAACACCCCAACAUUAAAAAUAAAUUAAUUUAUAUACACUGAUCAGACACAACAUUAAAACCACUGAAAAGUAGUAGGGCUACUUGAUUUUUUUCACUUAACACUUAUGGGAAGCACCUUUUCUUUUUCACUUUUCUGUUUAUACGUAGCUUUAUUACUAUUAUUUUUUUUUAGUUAAUAGGACAAGUAUUUAGGUAGGUAUUAGUGGUUUUCAUCACUGUGCCGAGGUAAUUAAAGGUUAUAUUUUCUUAUAUCCGUUCUCCCUUUUUAUGGGCCCUCCCCCUUUUUUUGAGGGACCCUUAUUUUAACACUAGAGUGUUCUAAUUAGACUCUGGGUUUUAGUUUUCAACUCUAUACAUGAUUACACAACUCAAGUAUGAUGUUCUUUAUAUGGGUCAUAUGAUCUUUUUUGUCCUCAGUCUAUUUUUGUUUCCAUAGCACAUAUUUACAUACAUAAAAUACUUGGCUUAGAUUAUGCCAAGUAAGAAAACAUAGUUUCUCACAAUAGAAGGCUAAUGGAUGCAUUCACUCAAACUGGCCAAAACCCGGGCUGGGCUCCUCAAGAGGAAAGAAUGCCAUACAGGAAAAGGGUGGAAUUUUUCAUUCAUGCGUGACCUCCUGCAACAUUACGCCAUCUUCACAAAUAAUGCUCUUGUAGUCUUUAAUUUUUUUUAAUGUUCUAAUGCUGCAGUAUAGAGUUUUCAAAACGCAUGCAGAUCCUGUCUCCGGAGCAUAAAAGCCUAAAUUCUGAAAUCCAUGGUGUCCUUUACAGCACGUCAAGAUAAAUUAUAAAUGUACAGAACUAGGUUUCGACAUAAGCACCUGUGUAACGAACAAAUAAAGGCAUGAAAGGAUAUGUCAACUUCAACAAGGCUCUGUCAGUUCUGGUCGGUUGCUAUUGCUAAUUAAAACCACAUGUAAAAGGAAUUUUUCUUUUUAUAAACCUUCUCUGUGGGGCUGUUUGCAUAAACAGACAUCCCUACAUCAUUCUUCCAAUUCAAAGCCCAUAGAAGGCAAGCGUGUUUGUGGAAGUAAUAACCUCUCAGGGACACAUUAUACUGUGCACACUUCAUUUUGGCUACCCUUGAGUUUUGGAUAUACAAGGAAAAGAUCUUUUUAAUAAGCUUAAGCACUUUACAAUGUUUGGAGCAUGUCCAUAAAUAAAGUAACAGGGACAUUGCAUUAUGCAUUUCUGUUUUAUUAUUACAUUUUACCAAAGAAGACGUAAGUUUUCUUUCUUUCUUUUUUAUAAGCUAUUUUACCCUCUGUUAUUAUUGUCAUUAUUGGCAUUUAUACAGCGCCAGCCAGGGCCAGACUGGGGAUACAAAGCAGCCCUGGAAAAAAAAAUUGUGCCAGCCCCAUAAGUCACUGCGCCAUAUAUUGUCGCGUGUAAUAUGUAAGGCUAUGUCUUGCCAGGACAGAUGAUUGAGUAAUAUAUAUAUAUAUAUAUAUAUAUAUAUAUAUUGCUUUUUCUAAUAUAAAAUAUUGGUCCUUUCAGGGUAAAACGUUUAAUUAUACAGUAAGCAUACUCACAUGCAGACACAGGCAAUUUCACUGACAUCUCAAUGACACACACAAGCUCAUUGAUACACAGCCUCAUAGACAAACAAUCUUACUGAUAUACAUCAGCUCAUUGACAUAAAACCACAAGCUCACUCACUAGCAGGCACACGCAUGCAAGCAAGCUCACUCACUAGCAGACGCACACACAGCUUAAUGUGGUGGUACUGGUGUCUAUACCAUGUCGCUACAGGCUUUUCAACGUAAAUACUGACUUUUCAGAGGAAAGGCAGUGUUUACAUUGCUUCAAAGUGACACUGCUAGUCACCGUCACUCAGACGGUCACUAGAGGUGCUUCCUGUGUUAGUGCACCUACAUUCAAGGCCUCCACACUCUGUAGGUGCUGAACGUUCCCCAUUGAGAUACAUUGAUUCAAGCUUGAUGAUCUCAGCUAUAGAGGCAGGGCCAGUCGAGGGAAGACCAGCACGCUGCGUGGGGGGAAAAAAAAGGUGAGCAAAAACACACAUUUACACCAUGACAGACACAGAAACACACAUAUACCAUGGCAGAUACACACCCCAUGACAGACACAGACACAGACAGACACACACACCAUGACGGACAGACACACACACACCCCAUGACGGACAGACAGACACACACACACACCCCAUGACGGACAGACAGACACACACACACAGCCCAUGACGGACAGACAGACACACACACACACCCCAUGACGGACAGACAGACACACAGACACACACACACACACACACCCCAUGACAGACAGACAGACACACACACCACACAGACACACCACACACACACACCCAUGACAGACACACACACCGACACACACACACACCCGACAGACACACACCCCAUGACAGACACACACACACACCCCAUGACAGAGACACACACACACCCCAUGACAGACAGAGACACACACACCCCAUGACGGACAGACAGACACACACCCCAUGACGGACAGACAGACACACACACACCCUAUGACGGACAGACACACACACACACACCCCAUGACGGACAGACACACACACGCACCCCAUGACGGACGGACAGACACACACACACACACGCCCCAUGACGGACAGACAGACACUAUGACACAGACAGACACACACACACACAAUGACACAGACAGACAGACACACACACCAUACAGACAGACACCAUGACACGGACAUACAGACACACACACCAUACAGACAGACAGCAUAACACAGACAAUCACAUUACUAGUACCUAACACCAGGGGGAGGACUUGUCCUGGCGGCCGCUGGGGGAGCUGCGCUGUCUGUGCUCUCCCGCCCUCGCGCGCUGCUGAAUGAGACCGGCGCCGGAAUAUGACGUCAUAUUCCGGCGCCGGUCUCAUUCAGCUGCGCGCUGGGGAGCAGAGCCAGCACAGCUCCCCCCAGCGGCCGCCAGGACAAGUCCUCCAGCGGCCGCCAGAAGACCUCCCCAGCGGCCGACAGCAGACCCAGGUGUCUGCCCGGCCCCAGGAGCCGACGGCCCACCGGAAAAUUUCCCGGUAUCCCGGUGGGCCAGUCCGGCCCUGGCGCCAACUUACUCCGCAGCUCUCCUAUUUUGUUGUAUGGUUAAAAGCAUGUUUUAUUCUCCUGUUGCAAUGCUCUUGUUUAAAUAAUUUUUGGUACAAUAAGCCCAAUCACCAGAAAUGUUCUGCAUAUUAUCAAAUAGCACUUUGAAAAACUAUCUAUCACACACCAUCAUGGUGGUGGAGGAGUCAGGUGGGGGAAUGGCAGGAGAGCAGCAUGAUCAUUUGGUGAUAUAAGUUCAGUAAAAUGCCUUCUCUAGGACCUAUACUGACUUCUCACCAAUGUUCUGGAAUGGAAGUUGAUCUCCUUAGUAGUCUUUCCAUAGUUGGUAUCCACCUACAGCUAGUAUGCUAACUAAUUGAACUUGAAAAUGAUGUCUUGUAUUUCCAAAGUGAAGAUUUGACUUGCCUUAUGAGGCUGAAUACCAUUUGUGCCAUAAAGACGUCCAGCUGGUCCAUUUAGUUCUGCCGACAAGAGUAAAAAGCGUGGCACACUUUUUGGGCAAGACGAUGCAGGUGCCCCAACAUUUGUCCUAAUUUGACUUAUAAAUGAUAGUUCGAUAAGUUUUAUGGUCAAAUGGAAAAAUGUUGCAUUUGAUAUAGUCACAUUUUUUGGGGGGGAGCCAUGACUACUACUUCCAAUUUGUUGUGGGAUAUUACUUGUGCCUGUUGAAAUAGAAUUGGAUCCCAGCGUUUAGCACCCAUUGAAAUAGAUUCUUUCUUCAAGAAUAUCACUACCCUAAGAGCUUCAAGCCUCACACAAGCAUAGGUAGUUAUAUAGUUAAACUGUGACACUUACCAGGGUGGGUGCAUGGAAUUGUGAUCAGGCCAUACCUCAGAGGACAACUUUAAUCUUUCUACAAUGAUCUGAAACACUGUGUAAAUGUUUACUCUUGAUCCUACUAUAUAUUCACAGCUGAUUAGACUGAAUGCUAAGAGCAUGUUGCAUGAUAUUUACCACCAUUAGUAUUUUAACUCAUUACUUAUUAUGUCAGCAACGAAUCCAACAUGCAUGACAUACACAUCAUUUAGGCAAUCACCGGAGAUGACCAUAAAAAAGUGAAACAUAUGCAGAAAACGUUGAACCGAUUGGCUUUCCUAACAGUCAGUAGCAAUUGGGAAUAAUAUGUUGAGAAGUCACUAAAUUACAAAGAUGUGCAUCUUGGCACGUGUAGGCACUUCUUUGUGUUCCUCUGAUUUUGAAAACCUGUGAUUAUUUCAUUGUAGAAGAUGUACUCAUGGCUGCAUUUUCCAUUUGCUUGUAGUUCAAUGACUGAGCGAAAGAUUUUACAGAUAAUUGUGGUGUUAUUUCUGCCUAGCUACUCGCCAUGGCAUCUCCCUUUCUCUCUUCUUUUUUUAUAUUCAAAUUUCUGUCUGUUCAGUAAAAUUUGUAUGCACACUGCAAUGUCUUGUGCACUUCAGAAGAUAGGCAAUUAUCCGUUCUUCCAGGUUGAUAGAGAAAAAAAAAAUACUAUUCACAAGUUAUAUAAUAGCGGCAAGUACAUUUCCAAGAAAGCAGAAUAGGUACAAUAGCCCAAAAAGGUCAACUUUGAAUGAGUCCAGCAAUGUCCCAGAAAGCAUGUUUGUAAAUACAUCUCAGUGCCAAUUGCUUCCUUUUUACAGAGAUUUGGUUCUGUAGGGUUUGCUGCAUGGAUUGUAACCGUAUGUCUUAUUGCAACAUUUGUUCAGCACAUUAAUAACUGCUUCUGUCUGUUCAUGCUUUUUGCACAUUUAUUUGGGUCUGCAGGCUCCUGUUAUAUAAAUAGUUCACCGAACAUGACCGUGUGAGAUGACAUUGCAAUAGAAGGUUGCACACAGGGACUUUUGUAAUGUAGUAUUUUGUAUAACUAUUCAGAGUGGUUUUCUACUCAGUAAACAAACUAUUGUCUUUCUAGGGAGAUGGAAUAAACACAUAAUUAUUAUUUGUACUCACAUCAUGUACACUUUUUCUGUGAAUGUAAUCCUGCUGGAUGCGUAAUUUUAUUAUAUUGAUAAAUCGACAGGGACACUGCGCAGCAUUGUUUUAUUGUUUUAUUUUUAUGAUCAGUGCUGUAAUAGACACACGCCAAACGUCACAAUUUAGUCGCCAAAGUCUCUGUCUUUUCCAGACAGAACAAAACUUCAAUAUUAGUUGCAAAAUAGCAGGGAAUAUUUGAAUACAUUGUAAUAUGUGGUUAUUAUUGGUUACAUAGUUACAUAGGCUAAAAGGAAAUGUGUCCAUCAAUUUCUGCCUUAAGCAAAAAAACAAAAAAAACUAAAACAGUUUGAAGCACAUCCAAUUUUGCAACAAACUAGCAAACCAAUUCUUUAUUGACCCCAGAAUGGCAGACAGAUUUAUCAUUGGGUAAAGAAGUUAUUACCCCACAGUUGAAAAAUUAUAUAAUUGAAUAUUAUGUUUUUGCAAGUAUGCAUCUCGUUGCUGUUUAAACUGUACAGACUCUGAUAAAACAUUGGUGAUAUAAUUUAAAAAAAAUAUUUAUACAAUAUGUCAAAAGGAAAACAAACAAAAAAAAACUAUGACGUUUAUCUGCUUUUUGAAAACAGAUGAGCUAUUGUUUUAAUAAUAAUGGGUUGUCUCUUUGAAGGACAUUAGUCAGUGCGACUAAGUGUAUCCUUAUAAAGGUUAUAUCAAGCAAGGCUAGACAACCUUUGGCACUCCCCUGAUGCUUUGCCACCUUUAUAGCUGUAAGAGCAUUAUGUGAUGUAGUCCAACAUCUGGAGUGCCGAAGGUUGUCUACCUAUGUCCUAGAGGUAUAACCUUUAGCAGAAUGCUUACUUACUUGCUGGCUCCCCACAUUCUGUGCAAGACUUCAUGUAGGAAGUUGGCUCAUAUGGUACCUGCCCAUGGUCUUAAUAUUUUGUGCAAGGGACGUUUUGUACAGAAGUUAGACAUAAUUCUAUAAGAGUAGAUUCAGUAGUGUUAGAGAGUUGCCUGGGAAAGUCUUAUGAUGUCACAUAAUUGCCUGGGAAAGUAGAAUGGUCUUAAAGUGUUCUCUGUGAAAAUGAUAUGAUGUCAGAGGAUUACAUAGGAAAUUGGUACAAUGUCAGAGAGUUUCCUUGGAAACUGAUAUGAUGUCAGAGAGCAGCCUUGGAAAGUGUCAAAAUGCCACAGGGUUGUCUGGGAUAGCAGUAUGAUGUCAGAGAGCUUCUUGGGAAAUUGAUAUGACAUCAGAGUGUUGCCUGGAAACGUGACAUGAUGUCAGCGUGCUUCCUGGUAAAGUGCUAUGUCAAAUAAUUAUUUGAUUAACUUGGCAUGGCUGAGAGUCUGAAGACGUCUAAAUACUUUUUCAAUGUUGCUUCCUCCGCUGCAGUGUUAAUAACUCACAUAUGUACGUCAGCCAUGCUAGUAGACAUGGAGUUUACAUGAUAAGGCAAGUCAUAAGAUUAAACUCAAAGGCACAGUAAAAAAAAAUUGAAAAGAGUUGCUUUAGUCAUGGAAGAGAAUGGAAAAUCAGCGUCUAAUUUUAAACAACACUGAAUAAUUACCAUACAUUUCAAUAAAAAUAUUUCCCAUGCUAAUAAAAAAAAUUGCGCUUGGCUAAAGAUAGAAUCCACACAUGCUUUAAUGUCUCAUGAGGAUGCUGAGGAAUGUGUUUUCCAUAGUGUAACAUGAGUACAAUAUUUUUUUGUAUUUUGCAAAUCCACAAUAACUUUAUAACACAUAAUAUGUUGGGACUUUCAUAUAAUGUACCUCAUGUGCAAUGUGCACAUUAGUAGUUGCAUUGAUCAUACAUGUAUCUCCUGCAACAGAUGUCUCACUCCGAGGCUCAAAGCUGUCUUUUAGAAGACAGCUGGGCAUUGGUGAAAAUAUACAUAUUCGCCGCUAAGUACUUGGCAGAUCAGGUUUGUGGACUGUGCCUCCUACAGUUCAUAUUAUUGUCUUCAAGAGCAGAGCUGACGUUAUUGUGGUCAUUGUUGUCCAGCCGAUGAUUGGGGGGGAGGAGGGGCACUUUUGGACACCCAUGGAUUAGCCUGAAAAAAAGAGUUCAGUAAACCAUUGUUGCCGUCAUUUAACAUUAUUAUUACAAAUUAGCCAGCAACAGUAAAAGAAUAAUAUAGGUAUUAGUAUAGUAGAGUGGGAGAUCAUUCUUACUAUUCUUCCUCUCUAAAGAUCUAACUGUCAAAUAAUGGUGAUGCUCUUUAAAAUCUUAAAGGAUUAUAAAUCCCAAUGGACUCUUAGAUAAUGUCACUCCACCUCCAUCCCGAAGUUAAAUUACUUGAAGAAAUGAUAAUAGAACAUGAAUAUACUCUUUAUUUUGGUAACAGAUGAAGGCGGGGAUUUAGAUCCCAUAUUCACCAAGUGAUGUCAGACAGAUGCUGUAUUCUGCUGCCCUACAUCUUAGAACAGACUAGACAGAAAUAGAUGACCUUCUAAACAGCACUAACACUGACUAAUUUAGGCUGCCUGAGAAUCAUGGGGAUUAGUCGAUCUUAAAGGCCGUAACUGCAUAACUUUAAGCCCCCCGGGGGCGGAGUCUGACCUGCAAGUUAACCUGCAAGUUGACCUGCAAGUUAUGCAGUCGCAUAUUAGAUGGGCUCCCACUAUACAUGCUGAUUUUAUUGAAAUAUUCAUCAACACAAAGCUUAAAAAAAUGCCGGGGAAUGCUACCCAAAUCAGUGGCACCCUGGUGAAUCGUCUAAUACCAGUAACGAGAGUUUUCCAUGAUCGUGAACCUGAGGUGGCGCGCUGCGGCCUGUGGUGGAUGGAGCUGGGGAGAGGUGACUGCUUUCCUUGCCCUUACGCCGGUGAUUCAGAGCCACUAAUUUCCUACCUCCCCACCCCCCCCCCUGCCAUUAAGACCGGUGGGGGUAAUCCUGGUCCACUCCCCUGAGGAAACCAGGCUACAACGGUCACAGGCAGCAGAGCCACACAAGCAGCUUCCAAAAGCAGAGGCCUGCACAAUGGCGGAUGCCACGUGCACCCACAAACGCUAAAUUACAAGGCUUAAUGCCAUAUUCAAAGCCUUCUGAAUGAAAUUAGCAAGCAGAGACAGACUAGAGCACAUGGAUACUCACUUAGAGAGACAUCCACACGCCCCGGCCACAGACACGCAGUUCUCCAUCCGAAGGGAGCUCGGAGAUGGCGCCGAAGAAAGAGACCUUUCCCGCCUGCACGGAAACCAACAUGACUAAAUCAGAUAGCUGUGCCCUAUCGCAAAAUACCACAGGUCCUCCCUAAACCCAGCUUCAAACCAACAGCUGCUAUGAAGCCGUCGAGAGUUCGUCGUCCCUCACUGUACCGGACCCUGAUUAUCAGAGGAGAACCCUAGAGACCCCAAUGGAUGCAUCAUCUUCUUGUAACCCUAACGCAGGUCUCCACUGCAAUGGACGGAUGGGCCCAACACUGAGACUCUCACAGCUGGACUUUGUGUUGCCCCAGCGGGGUAUUGGCUAGACUCAGUGUGGGACUGCAACCAUGGGCAUGGUUAGCCCCUCAGGAAACCCGUAAACACAGCAAGUUGGGGGAAAGCAAAUGACUGUCUCUGUUUAAAUUUUUGUACAUUUUUAGUGACACGUGCACUCAGAGAGCCGGGGUCCCCCAGGGAGGUAUUUUACUUCCACUUCGACACGCAUGUAAACUUGGAUGGGCUUGAUGGGCAGACGAUAUUUAAGUAGCUGGACCAAAUGGUUAUCAGCAGUUUCUGUUAUAUAUGCUUCCUGCUCUGUCUCUUAUUAACAUACAGCACCUUACCCCUUAUUCACACAAGUACUGACAAAUGUCUCGUCCUGCAUUUUUACCAGCCUACUAACUAGCAUCUGACAUCACUAGCAUACCAUGAAUACGCAAACAGGGACCCAGCAAUCUCCAUGCAUAUGAUUGCACACUGUACAUUAGUCUGACAACAUCUACCAGUUGCAACCAGCUAAACCAAGAGGGUUUUCCUACUUCCCAUUCUGAAAAAUUGUGUUGACUUUUCUUUUGCCCUGCUUGUAAUUCAACAUAUAUGUUGUGGUUGAGCUUGUAUCUGCUGUUGUGGCACUACGAGCAUGUGGUAUAUGAACCUAUGCUUGCCUAGCACGUGUUAAACUCCGCUCGCUGUUCUUAUAGUUAAUGUGCAAGUUUUAUACCACGUUUGACUACUUAUGUCCUAACUAAAUAACCUAAACUGUCAGCUCAACUUAGCCUACUAUUCUUGAACUCACUAGCCUGACUUAUCUAUAGCUUACCCUUUAAAAAAAAUAAUUGUGCCUAAAUAUCAAAUGUCACAUCUUGUAUUGCAUAUUUAAUUUUUAUUUACCUCAAUACCGCUGUUGUGGCAUACUGAGGCUGUUUGUUAAUUUGUGCACAACAAAAAUAAAUAAUUUAAAAAAACAAAACAAAAAAAACUUAAAGUGAAUCCUAACCCUGAAUCCUAAACUCCUCCUAAUCCGAACCCUAAGCAUCCCUAACCCAAAGUCCCCCUAACUUUGAAAACUCAGAACCCCAAAUCACAUGAGGACCGUUCCAACCAUAAACCCAGAGGCAUAAUGAUGCUUUGCUCUUAUGACUGAAGCUCCAUUUUAUAGUUAUUCUGACGAAGUUUACUAUUUAACACACUGUUUUGACUGCAAGCGUUUAAAUUCAUAUUUUUUAUUAUAUUUAUUUAUUUUAACCACACUCAUUGCUAACAAGUGUAUAAAUUCAAGCAUGCAGCUAAAUAAUGACCAUAGCAUAAUGGCUCAGUGUCCUUAGUUGCUCAUGUUUCAUAAUAAUAAUGUCUGUUAGGAACAGAGUUUCUAUGGUUGAGCAGCGACAUAUAAUCCUAUGAUCAUCAAAUGCGAUGCCAAAUGAUUGCUGAAGUAUUGUGUAGCUCUUUUCCAUUGGACUGUGAAGCAGUGGAAACGUGUUCUCUGCAGUGAUUUAUAUGUGAGCCAGUUUCAGAUUGCUCUUGUAGCACUCUGUGUAUGAAGAGCCCAAGUUGACGGACUGGCAAACACCCUUCUCUAGUAUGUGUCCCAACAUUCAUCACUGGAGCUUUGAUCAUGGCCUAUUUCUUGCCCUGUUGAGAUACCUCUUAAUGAUUGGAAGUAAGGAAGCUUCAGGUAUAUAUGUUAGGCAUGUUUUAGCAAUUUCAGUUUCAGCCUCUAAUAUCUUUUGUAAUAUAAAUGCCCAGUUUUAGCCAGGAAACUGUAUAUUCUAUAUGUGGAAUUGUGCAUACUUUUUUGUAUUCUGUGGACAUUUUGAAAUUCUGCAUUCCCAAAUAUGCAAGAAGAUUCUUUACAUGAAUAGAGUACAUAUUUUACAUCAUCUCUAAUAAUCAUAUUUCUUCUGAGCUACUUAAUGUGAAUCUGUAUAUAAGUCAUACAUAUGAUCUCUAAUAACUUAAAUGGACACUAUAGGUACCCAGACCACUUCAUCUCAAUGAAGUAGUCAAAGUACCAUGCCCCCCUCGUUUAAACUCUGCAAGUAAAAGAUUUGCUGUUCUGCAGAAUGACAGGGCUUGUAUUGCAGGGCUUAAUGUCUCUAGUGGCUAUCACUCAGACAGCCACUAGAGGUGCUUCUGACAAAAUAGACAAGUAAAACUAUUAUUCCGAUCAAAUGAUUAAAACAUUCAAAAUACUAGCCCUAAAACUUAGAACUUUGUGGGAGUGAGGGAAAAGAAAACAAAUAAUGAAAGAUGUACAAUAGGUAUAUUAAUAAAAAAUUGUUAAAAAGAGGAUAAUCCCCUGAUUUUGCUUAAAACACGUGAACACUUAAUCAAAUAAUAGUGCAAAAAUAUAGUAAUUGAAUGGCCCAGCAAUCUUUGCAGGAGAAACAGAUUUACCCUGAGUUGUUACGGACACUAAGAGCAAAAAUUAAUUAUUAAUUUAUGUAUAAUUUUAUACUUUGAAAAGAUUGCUUCCUGUGUUCUCAAUUUGCAUAUGGUGCCUUACAGGCUGAUGGUUAUAGAUCAGUGAUGGCUAACCUUGACAUCAUAAAUUGUUAUAGAUGAAGACUAUUCCAAAAAAAAAAAAAUAUGCAAGUAGGGUUUAAACCAGUUACUGCAAUUCUUAGCACUUAGCAUCUAAGUAUAUUACUAAGACUACUUAAUGCACCUUAAGAAAUUGGUGUAUGCUGUAACCUAAAGCAAGAGGGGAGACAGAACAGAUGGGAAUCCCCAAACUACUCCACCUACUCAGGUUGUUGAAUAAAAUCCCUACAAAUGGCCCUAAUACCUCAGCAUAUUAAAAUCUAUGCCCACAUGUUACCAGCCUCAAAAAUCUAAGCUAAGUGAAAAACAUGCUGUAGCAGGUCCAAUACCUAGCAUAGGUAUCUAUUCCUUCCUCGUAACUGAAAGAAGCAGUAUAAUAAUCCAAGACACUUUUCCCCCAGCAACUAGAUGACACAUAGUUCUGGGAGUCAACUGAUUUUUAUUUUGGGCACACACGGCUUUUAUGCACAGACCCCUACAUGGGAUCUCUCAUACAAUUAUACAGGGCAAUUCCUCCCAGGAUCCUCUACAGAAAAAUAUAAAAUAUAAAAUAUUCUAAAACACCCCAAAAAUAAAUUUUCAAAAGGGGUUAAUUUGGUUGUAUGGGAGGUCAGAAGGUGUAUAGCCUUAAUUCCUCUUUGAAGCUGGGACCCCAACAGAGCUGCUCUGUAAGGUGUGAGAAGUCAUACAUACGUGGCCUGGAAGUCUUAUUUAAAUAUGUCUAGAUACCCUCUUAGAUAGGGUGUCCAUUGAUAUGUUAAUGGCCAUUAGCCUUGUGUUCCAGUAUCAUAUCCAAAAGAAACAUUAAUACCGACUCACAGAUUAAUCAUUAAGCCUCAUUCCUAUUAUAUUUAGAAUGGGACAAGCACCAUCUUCUAAUCAAGUCCAAACAUAAUUUGCGAACAAGGAGACCACACAAAGUUUGUUUGGUAAACGAACCGGGAGAAGAGGGAGGGACGGGUACGGACAGCCGAACAAAGGGAAUAAAAGUGUUGUUAGGUCCUCUAUCCCACUACAGAUGCUGUGAAAAAACAUGCCCGACACACACUUUAAUCAGGGUAAAAUGGGGACUGACGAUUUUCAAUGAAAAAUGUAAAGCCUUUUCCAUUUUGGGGCAGGUGCUCACACCCCUUUCCGCUCACGCCAUGUAAGCGGUGGUGUGAAACUAAUGUUUCCAAACAAGUCGGGAUGAGUACCUGCCUCUGUGGCACAUGAUUUUUAUGACCUAUAAACCCUCACUCAGAGGGAGUGGCCAGUCAGCAUAUCCCUCCUGAUUCCAUCCAGGGUAGGGAGUGGUCAGCGAUGAGGGGAGCCCUACCUCAUUCACUGGCCACUAUGUCCCACUUGAGCAGGCAGAUUGUUUUUACUUUUCAAGGAUUGGGACAAUAUCUCCCUUUUCUCCCUCCCUUGCCUCUCAGCCACUGCUGAGAGUGAUUUGUCGACUAGUCUCUCCCAUUCUAUUAUCUGAGUGACAUGAUCGGCGUCCAGGGGAAGCAUUCUCUUGGUAAACCUCACCUGUAUUAAGGGAAUAAGGGUGGUUAAUCGUGAAGUGAGAGAAACUCUCCUCACCCAUUUACCAUUUCCUCCAUGUGGACAGGCUAAGCGUAUGUUACAUAACAUGAGUCAAUCUUCACACCUCUCUCCCUGCUUUUGGAGGAAGUGAUUAUUGUUUAACUAAAUGAAGCGACUGAUGUCUAGAAGGAUCAAGAUGCCCCCAUCAAGAGGGAGUGAUCAUCCAGGGAACAGGGGGAGUGGUUAGCCACGUCGGGGAAUUAAACGGCCACCAUGGCACUAUAGCGUUGGGACUACACAUUUGCAUUCCCAUCAUUGUAGUGUCCCUUUAAACCCUCCGUAUUUCCAUGAAUGACCAAAUAAAUGAAAAAAAUAUGUAAAUGUAUCUGAUUCUAUUUUUAAUUAUUCCAGAACAGCAGGCAAUGCACACAAUUGCUAUUUUGCCUUAUUUUCUUUGGCAUCUAUGUAUCCCGUGUUUCAAAUUAAUGUUAUGCUUUACAAUGUUUUUGGAAAGAUGUGAAGGGGCUAGGUGUUGAUUAAAUCCAUGAUGAUCAUUUUACAUCUGUCUUCAAUUUACAUAUAUGAAUAAUACAUUGAACAUGUAUAUGUAUGCACUUUUUUUACAUAUGAUUUGUGAUGUAUUAUUAGAAUUUUCUUUACCCACUCUGUAAGAACGGGGACUUUUGCCUUGUUAUUAAUGCUCAUUAGUAGGGGAAUAUCUAAACUAAACUGAUAACACAGAUGAUCUAUUUAAUUUUCUGCAAAAUAAAAAAAUCACCAGGCUCCCCAUAUGUUGCUGAUCUACAAAUCCUUCGAUUCUCUAGUCAUCUAUUACAUUUAAAGAAUUCUGGGAGUUGUAGGCUAAUAGCAUCUGUGGGUCAUAGUUUGAGAUUCCUGACCUAAUGUGGAGAACUGACGAGGAUUUUUUAAUUGAUUAAGUUAAAUCUAUUAGAAACUCAUUUUAAAGUCCUAAACAGAUGGUACUUAGUACCAGACAAAUUGAAUAAAAUGUACUCUUCAGCAAACCAUUUAUGUUGGAUAUGUGGUAUAAACACAGGUACUUUUAAGCAUAUUUGGUGGGAGUGUAGCAAACUGAACAAUUUGUGGUUUAAUAUACAAAAGUUUGUAUCCGUAGACUUGAACCUUGAGUUGAGGCUCUCUCCGGAGACUGUUUUGCUUCAUCUAAACUGGCCAGUAAUGACAAAGGAUUUGAAAAUUAUUCUUAUCCAUCUUUUUUUAGCAGCAAAAAUAGUGAUUGCAAGAAGAUGGAAAAAUGAUAGAGAAGUUCCUUGGGAUCAAGUCAAAGCCCAGCUUAAGUCUCAAGUAAAAAUGGAAGUGUUAUUGAGCAAACAAAAAUUAAGCAGGAAUACAACAAUGUGGUUGAAAUGUUGGGAGAAGAUUGAUAAAUAGAGGGGGAAGGUGAAUAAUGAGGCUGACUGUUAAUGCUUUGGACAAUAUAACAUAAUAUAUAUUAUGAGACAAAUAUAUAUUUUUUCUCGAUGAGUUUCUUCCCUUCUCUCUUGCUGCACUGUCUUGUCUUGUUUAGGUAGAUGUGUAAGUCUAAAGUAUUGUUCGUUUUUAGCUAACCGAAAUGUAUAAGGAAACAUCUUAUGGAUGAACAUUUUAAAUAGGAAAUUGUUUCUUUAUCAUUUGUAUGUAACUGUAGUAUUGUAUUGUCUUUGUUUAUGGAUAAAAAAAGGGGGGAAACCCUUUAAAUAAAGAUUAUAAUAAAAAAAUAAAAAAAAUAAAUCCAUGAUGAUCAUUUUACAUCUGUCUUCAAUUUACAUAUAUGCAUAAUACAUUGAACAUGUAUAUGUAUGCACUUUUUUUACAUAUGAUUUGUGAUGUAUUAUUAGAAUUUUCUUUACCCACUCUGUAAGAACGGGGACUUUUGCCUUGUUAUUAAUGCUCAUUAGUAGGGGAAUAUCUAAACUAAACUGAUAACACAGAUGAUCUAUUUAAUUUUCUGCAAAAUAAAAAAAUCACCAGGCUCCCCAUAUGUUGCUGAUCUACAAAUCCUUCGAUUCUCUAGUCAUCUAUUACAUUUAAAGAAUUCUGGGAGUUGUAGGCUAAUAGCAUCUGUGGGUCAUAGUUUGAGAUUCCUGACCUAAUGUGGAGAACUGACGAGGAUUUUUUAAUUGAUUAAGUUAGUGUAACAAUGUAAUGUUAUUUCAAGUCAUAUUUCUUGAGUCUCUAUUCUCAAUUAUUCGAUGAGCCAGAUUAGGAUGACUACUUUCCAGAUUUAAUCAGGACUGCUUAUAAAACCCUACCCCUACUAGUUCGGGGUAGGGUUAGGGUUUACAAGCACUUUUUCUAUAUCUGACACUAAGGAAAAAAGUAGUUACUAAUUAAGGAGUCAAAAUCAAGUCUGACAACAUUUUAUAAAUAAGUUGAUAUAUCAAUAGUAACUGCAAUCAGCAUAAUGACUGUAAGAGCAUUAUAGGUGAUGUAGCACCCAUAAUCUAGAUUGAUGAUGGUUGCCUACCCUUGUGCUAGAACAAUGGUCCUCAAGACAGAAGUGAGGUCCCCCCAGCAAUAUAGGCAUUUGGAGUAACCAGUUCUAUUGAAAUGUUCCUUGAACACUUGUUUCAUAGACACUUUGAUAGCCUAUGUAACUCAAAACAUGCCAAGCAUUUCCUGUGCCACUCAUUCUAUGUGGAUUAAAAAUGUUCACAGUGUCAGCACUAAAUACUGUAUGCAUUACUAGCAUACCUUUCAGAACCACUGUUCAAAAACCAAGAGCCGUGAUUUAUUGAGUACCAUUUAUUUUAUGCCUUUGGUGUACAAGAUCUGCUUAAACUUAUCUCUCGAUUUUCCUUAAAGCGACACUAUAGUCACUAGAACCACAAUAUCUUAAUCUAGUGGUUUUGAUGUCUUAUAGCCUGUCCUUGCAUUGUUAGGAUUUUAAUCACCUGCUGCCCAAUAAUUUCUCUAGUGGCAGUCACUUAGCCAACCACUAGAGGUGCUUUCUAGUCCAGUGCUGCACAGUUUUCAGCACUGGCAUUCAGCAUCUCCACGCUCUGCAGGGAGACGCUAAACGUUCCCCAUAGAGAUACAUUGAUUCAAUGCAUCUUUAUGAAGAGAUGCUGAUCGGUGCAGCACUACGUUUUGAGGCAAUAGCCUCCCAAUGUUUUCCUAUGGAAAAGCAGAGAUCAUCAAGGUUGAUAAUCUCAGUGAUAGAGAUAAGGCAAGCCGCGGUAAGAACAGUGCUGUGAGGGAGAAAAGAUGAGUAAAAUCACCUUUUUACAAAACAGAGAGGGGGGCGAUCACCUAAAUGGCCACUUCAGCACUAAAAUAUCAGGAAUACAUGUUAGUAUUCCUGACACUAUAGUGUGCAAUUGACCCUUUUAUUUUUGUCAGCCUGACAGAGAACAUUCUCACAAAAAAGGAAUCACACUUGCUAUAUCUGGUUAUAAUGCUCCUGAAACUACUUAGAACAUAAAUGUAGUGAUUGCUAGACUGAUGUAAUUUUUUAAUGCACUAAGGCACAAAUUAAUCCCGCUGAUAACAGCAAUAUUACCCUGUAACCUUCCCAAUUUUCACAGAUCACAGUUGGUGUACACAGCACAGUAAUGUAAUUUGUGUAAUGAGUGCUGUGCUAGAAAUAUUAUUAAAGCUAUUUGAGUGUUCUCAAUUUGAGUAACUACUUUACAUCCCCCUUAAUAACAUAAUCUGCACAAAAUUUAAACUCCAUGUUUUAAGAUGCAAAAUAAUUACAUUUAAAAAUGUCAAAUUCAACUUGUUUUUGCUCAUUUCAGGAACCUUCAAUGAAACAUACAUUUUCCAGACAUGAUAAUCGUCAUAUAUUCCCAAGCUCCGUUUCUAGUUUUGAAAAUGUAAGUAAUAUUUAGAUUUUUGAUCAGUGUUCCUUCAUGGAGGUGAGGUCUGAACUGUGAUGCAGUUGCUAGGGUCUCCUGGCAAGUUCUGUUAACUUGGUGAUAAAUUUACCAUCAGACAUCACCUACCUUAAAGGGUUACUAAAGUGUCAUAACCACUAGAGCCCGCUGAUUGUAUAAUGCAAGGAGAACCCUGGCCAAGUUCCCUGGUAAUUACCAAGUUGUAACGGUUUGGCCCCUUACUUGGGACUCUGCCAGGCUCCUGGUCUCCUCUCCUGCCAGGUGAUGAACACCCGACUUCUGCAGAGAUGAUGCAGUCGUCAUUUAUUGGUCUGAAUUAAUCAGACCAAUUGCUCUUGUUUUGGCUGUUUAUUCUGUAAGCAAGUAUGGUGUAUGUCAUAUGAUUCUUUAUUCAUGCCCGUAAUAUUGUCAAUCAAUGUGAUGUAUGUACUGGAUGCAUGCAAUGGUUACCCUUGUUGGUUUCUGUGAAAUACCCUGAAAAUGGUGAAGCAAUUACGGAUGUUUUAUUUUCCUGUUUGUAAACCAAAUCUUGUAGAGGGAUUUAUCAACUAGUUUUUCGCAGAGAUCCAGUGAUAUCUAUUAGAGAGAUAAUUGAGAAUACUUAUAAUGACAAUACUUAUAAUGUGUGUUGGAGGUUCAAUGAAGGGUCACUCACUUAAAGUUUUGGAAGUGAUUUUAGAUGCUAUUUUAUUUUUGGGCUAUUACGUGUGAAAUACAUAUCAUAUAUAUCUUAUAUUUGGUCUUGAAUUUAAUUGUAUGAUUUAAUUCACAGAGAUGAGCUGCUCUGGUUACAAAGAGAUCAGAAACCUCUGUACAUAAAUAUAUAGCAUUUUAAUUGUAAUUCGUUUACCAUCUUUUUUCAUGUAUGCACUAUAUUUUUCAUAAUAAAUGUUACUUUAGAAAGUUCUGCAUUUGUGUGAUGCAAUAAUCAUGUCAUUGAAGAGACAUUGUAACACUGGUUUCACAGCAAUUUUGCUAAAUUGUGUUAUGUGGAGUUUUAAUCUAAUUUGGUUGGACUAAUUUAUGGCACCCCAUUUACAAAUUGUCUUGGUGGUGGCAGCUUUUAUACUAGAAUAGGUUCAGGAGGUGUUAAAAGGGAUUUAUACACUGCCUGGCCAAAAAAAAGUUGCCAUCUAGAUUUAACUAAGCAAAUAGAACCUCCUAUUGGAUAGUUACUAAGCAUGAUAGUUACUAAGCAAUAAGAACCUCCUAUUGGAUAGUUACUGCAUGGGCGAUUAUCUUUCAGCUGGCAACAAGUUAUUUAACCCAAACUGAUGGAAUGAGUAGCUUCUCAUUUCUUGAACAACCAUGUCGAAAGACACAUCCCGUGGUCGUGAAAGAGAUGUUAGUCUGUUUGAGAAGGGUCAAAUCAUUGGCAUGCAUCAAGCAGAGAAAACAUCUAAGGAGAUUGUAGAAACAACUAAAAUUGGAUUAAGAACUGUCCAACGCAUUAUUAGAAACCAGAGGGAUAGUGAGGAACCAUCGUGAUGGGCACGUCAGGGUAAGAUGAAGUGAUGCACCCAUCAUGCUUAGUGCCUACUGUACAAGCCUGUGGGGGCAGUGCUAUGAUCUAGGUUCAGCAACAUUAUGUGCCCAAAGAAUGAGGUCAGCUGACUACCUGAAUAUACUGAAUGACCAGGUUAUUCCAUCAAUGGAUUUCUUCUUCCCUGAUGGCACAGACAUAUUCCAAGAUGCCAAUGCCAGGAUUUAUCAGCUCAAAUUGUGAAAGAGUGGUUCAGGGAGCAUGAGACAUCAUUUUCACACAUAGACUGGCCACCACAGAGUCCAGACCUUAACCUCAUUGAGAAUCUUUAGAAUGUGCUGGAGAAGACUUUACGCAGUGGUCCGACUCUCCCAUCAUCGAUACAAGAUCUUGGUGAAAAGUUAAUGCAACACUGGACGGAAAUAAAUCUUGUGACAUUGAAGAAGCUUAUCAAAACAAUGCCACAGCGAAUGCGUGCCAUAAUCAAAGCUAAAGGUGGUCCAACAAAAUUUGUGUGUGUGAUCUUAUUUUUUUUUGGGGUGGAGACUUUUUUUUGGGCCAGGCAGUGUAUCAUAAUUUUGGGUCUAAUGCAUACAAAUAAGGGAUUUGUAUCCUUUUCACACACUAAAGCAAGUAACAUGGGAGUGGUUCGUGAGAGAGUGUAUUUACUAAACAGUGAUAUGCGGUGACUCGAGAAUUUGAUUUUAUUAAGAAGGAAUACAUAUUUAACCAGGCAAUUCGUUUUCAAAUGUGUCAUGGAGUAUAGAAGAUAAAAUAGCAAUUGUUUUGCUAAAAACAAAAUACACUGUUUAGUUAAUAAACCUCUGACAAAAGCAGCAUUAGCUUGGAAGGCUGUGUUGUCAUGGUAGCAAAAAGAAAAAAAAAACACUUCCUAACUCCUAACUUCUAUGUUUCUAUGUGUUUAAAACACCGAAGUAAAUAAUAGGUUGACAGGUCUGUGUAAUUUUCUUUGCUAUACGUGGACGAACACUCAGUUCAGUCUAGGUGUAACAGUACCAUUAAAGGACUUAAAUGCCCUUGUCUAUGUCAACUAAGAUGUCCUAAAUGUUUUUAAAUGAUCAUUGCCAUUGUAUAGAAUGCACGACUUUUACUUUUGAACCCUGUACAAUUUAAUUUGCCAAAGUAGGGACAGUUGUAUAUAUCUGAUUAAUUGCUCAUGCAUACUUUUAAACAUGGAGUCUUUAUCCUCAGCAACCAGGAUAAAAGGGUUUUGACUACAAUGAACACAAUAUGCCCGCUCUUCCUUUACAAGAAAAUCUUACAAAAUCUGUGCGUAGAAUAUUUAAAAAUAGCCCCUUGUUUAGUCUAAUGAGAUUUGCCGCUUGAAUAGAAAAUCAGGCCUUUUAAUUCUGCCGAGAAAAUGAUCAAAGUGUGUUUUUAAAACCUUGAGCCAUCUUUUACGUCUUUUACAAUUUGCAGCAAAAAAACCCCCAAAACAAUAGCCGCUAAUGAUUUUUAUUAAAGAUGUUUUUUUACUUAAAUUGAGAUCCGACUACUACAAAUGAAUGUCCGAUUACCUUAACGGACUGAUCUAAAGCAAAAUUGUCAUAACUGCUAGCAUUAUAUGACAUGGGUUGUGUUUUUUGUUUUGUUUUGAAAUCCUGAAACUUUUUUUAAAAUGUUUUUUUACUUUGUAUAUCUGAUUCAUGAAGCAUAGCAAUCAUACAAAGUAAAUUAAUUUAACCAUAUUGCUUCUGUACACACUCGUGGCUCUAUGCAUACUGCACUAUGGAAGGAAUGCUCAAUUGAAUUGUUGCCUCCGCAUUAUCGAUGCCGCGAAAGGGGACUGAUAUGGCUGAUUAGGAGAGCUGUAGUUUUUAUGCCAAACUGCUCCUAAAAUAUUUGACAAAUAACAUUGUGACAGCAGCCAUAGACUCUUUGCACCAUUACCACUACACUCAGACUGUCUUUAAAGUAUUCUUGGGAGACCAAAAAUAUUUGCACGUAAGGGGCCCUCUAGUUACAUCACUGUGCAUGCAUGAAAGAAUAUGUAAUUAUACUGCUGUAUAUUUCCUGCUAUAUUUCUCAACAACUCCUUUUAUAAGCAAAAGACAGUUAAUGGAGUUCAGAUAUCAGAUACUUUUGAUCUAUUUUUAAAAAAUAGGGUUGGUGCCUAUAUUAAUACUUGAAAAUCCUCUUUUCACCAAGGUAUAGAAAAGUCUUAUUAUUUUAUUUCAGCGAUAGAAUGUGUGUGCCUAUUCAUAAAUAUCCAUACAGAUACUUGACGUAAGUUCCAAUUACUUUUAUAUUGUCCGUAAUUAUUCAAUCCUCACUGCUAUGAAGUGCAUGUGAAAAACUGCAAUUGAUUUGUAAAAAAAACUCUAUUAUUGACAGUGAAUUGAAAAUACAAGGUUUGGGUAAAGUAAAUAUGCUUAAAAAAACAUAUGCCAUGUGUGAUUUAGCCCUGGAAAUAAUUAGGUUUGUGGAGAUAAGGAAUUGUCGUUCAAUGGAAACAAGUUACAAGCAGAGCUGAUAAUUACUAUAAUGAUGACAUUCUUGUUUAACAAAGAAUAUAUUGACACACAUGGGUGGUUGAUUUACUGCAAACAGAAAAUAUGUUAAAUACUCCUAUAAUGACAAUGUUUCUUCAUUAAGGGAAUGGGAAAGAAGAAGGUUUGCAAACCAGGAGAGUCGAGCAGUUCCAUCUACUGGACUUCGCUAGAAGAACAGAAUAGGCAAAGGCCACUGGUCAGCACUUAUCGAACUGAUUUCUGGGGAGUGAAUGAAAGGUCGGAGAUGAAAUUUCCUCAACUACUUGUCCCCAGGUUUCGUAGGCUUUCAUCAGCCUUGCACACUGAAAACACAACUUAUAGGCAGAUGGUCCAGCCUCACCAGUUUGUAUCGUUUGAAACAAGGCAUGAACCAAACACUCAGCAGUCUAUAGUAAAGAGCAGGUCCUACGCCUUUGACAACAGCUGCCCUGGAGUAGGAAAAAUUACAAAUAGAGGUCGUUCUGCUCCUGUAAAGCUAUUGACCGUGUCUGAUUGCCUUGUCUGGACUACCCCUGAAAACACGACUUUGCCCAAGUCCCAAACCUCAGAGAUUGCCUAAUAUAUAUCCUAUUGUGAAAUGUAUGCCAAAAUGCUUGCUUUUUAUGACCAAACAUAAUGUUUACCAAAUGAACAGUUACGUAAUUUUUUUUAUUGUACUAUUUUAAAUAAGUAAUUUCUAUUGAUUUAUGUACAUAGUUAUAAAGAGGAUGAAACUGAGAUUUUAUGGGAGGAGGGUUUUAAAAAGGAAAAAGAAAACAUGUGG